AUGCAUGGGGACUCUGCCUCCGAUCACAUACAAGCUCUCAUCUUGAGCAUCACCAGGCUCCAACCUGUUGCAUCUCUCAAGGCUAGCCGAGACACCACAACACGAAAACUCACCACUCCCAAUUCUCUUCAAUUUACAGCUGGUAGAACUGGCACGCUCAAUGCCAUGCCUGAUAUAACUACCCUACCGCACAGCUCAUCGGCUAGCAUACAAAAGGAAGACCGAGAACCAUGGGUCGUAAACUUUCCUGAUCAGCCUGGUCCAAAGGGUGUCCAUCGCAAAAAUACUAAUUAUAUACGCACCACAAAGUAUACCGUGUUCAGUUUCAUACCGCUCAAUCUAUACAACCAGUUCAAACGAUUCUAUAAUCUGUACUUUCUACUCGCUGCCAUAUCCGUAUUCUUGCCUGGUGGAGACACUCUAUCUCCUGUAACCCAAAUCUUUCCAUUGGUACUAGUCUUGGGUGUGAAUGCUAUCAAAGAGCUCCUUGAAGAUUAUUUCCGAGGACGAGCAGACAGAGCAGCAAACAACACACCCGUCACAAUCAUACGAAAUGGAAAGAAGAUGGAAAUACAUUCUAGAGAUGUGAAUACCGGUGAUAUUAUUGUAGUUACGAAAAAUCACAAGUUCCCUGUUGAUGCUGUCUUGGUAUCGAGUUCUCAUGAAGAUGGAACUUGUUUUAUUCAGACUGCUGAACUUGAUGGUGAAACAAGUUUGAAAAGGAGAGGCGCGGUUCCAGAAUUGGCCAUGUUGCGAUCUGAACAGGAGGUCGGAACGCUACGAGGUUUCAUAGAAUGCGAACAACCAAACCAACGUCUAGGAGAAUUCGAAGGUCGUCUAACAAUCCAAGGCAACACACGCACCUCUCGCUCAUCCCAAAAAUCCACACCAGUCUACCCACUAUCCCUAAACCAGCUCUUAUUCCGUGGCGCAACCCUCCGAAACACCGAAUACGCAUAUGGAAUCGUAGUAUACACAGGAGUUGACACCAAAAUCAUGAUGAAUUUCAACAAGGGAAAAGUGAAGAUGUCGACUCUGGAAAAGAAGAUGAAUUAUCUGAUAUUGGCUGCCUUUGCAUACAAUUUCUUCCUGUUGGUUACGUCGGCUGUGUUUUCGAUUGUGAGGGGUAGUGCUAUAUAUUAUAAGGAGCUUGCGAGGAGGGAUGCUGGGAUUUUACAGCCUUUGAACUAUUCGAUUGAGUGGUAUUUGGGACCAAGUAGUACACCUGGUGCAUAUACAUCACUGAAAAUCGUAAUAUCCUUCUUUGCCAUGUACACUUACGUAAUCCCCAUCUCCCUAUUCGUAUCCAUCGAAAUAGUCCGUCUACUUCAAGUCGUCUUCAUGAAUUGGGACGAAAAGAUGGCCGUAGAACAAGAAGAUGCUGAUGGAAUCAGGUCAUUACAACACAUGAAGGCCAACAAUUCCAACUUGAACGAAGAUUUAGCACUGGUAGAAUACGUAUUUUCCGACAAGACUGGUACUUUGACUCAAAACUUGAUGAAGUUGAGUAAUUGGUAUGUGGGCAAUACUGAUUACCAUGAGAUGGAUACACCUGGAGUUAUGGGUCGAGCGCUGAACGAUUCAGCUGUUGUCGGAGAGGAUCGCACACGACUUGGAUUGUUUGCUAGGUGUAUUGGACUAUGUAAUACUGUGUUGCCACAACGUGAUGACAAGAGUGGUGAACUAGUAUAUGAAGCUCAGUCGCCUGAUGAGUCUGCAUUACUACAGGGUCUAGCAGGAGACGAAGUCAUACUACGCUCACGAACCAAGCAAACUGUAGUCCUCAACGUCUUUGGUAAAGAUGAAGUGUGGGAACACUUGCAGCUCAUGGAUUUCACAUCAGAUCGUAAACGAAUGUCGGUUGUGGUGCGCUCACCUGUAGAUAACAAGCUCUACCUGUUUUGUAAAGGAGCUGAUAAUAUGGUGCUUGCACGUCUAUCACGAGAUGAACGAGUCAAUCCAAGUAGUAGGUUGCAUGAAGCACAAGCAGCACUAGAUCACUACUCUGAUUUUGGACUUAGGACGCUGGUCGUUGCAUACAAGUCUAUAUCCGAAGGCGAAUUUACGGCAUUCAAGACUGAUUAUGAUGCUGCAGAACGAGCAUUGAAUGAACGUACCGAAAAGAUCGCUGCUGCUUGUGAGAAAAUCGAAAAGGAGUUGAUAUAUCUCGGAUGUACGGCCAUUGAAGAUAAAUUACAAGACCUCGUGCCUGAAACCUUAGAAUACUUGCUCCGAUGUGGUAUCAAAGUAUGGCUGCUUACAGGUGAUAAACAGGAAACCGCUAUAAAUAUAUCAAUGUCGUCACGUCUGAUCCAACCCGAUAUGGUUCUCCGAAUCGUUUCCGGAAGUAAUAAAAAGGAAGUGAAAGCUUCUUUGGACAAGAUCAAGAAUGAUAUGGCGUCACAAGUAGAUGGACGUCGUAACGCUCUCGUCAUUAAGGGUGAAAUACUCGCUCUUGUCUAUGACGCUAAAUUCGAACUAGAACUUUUAGAAAUCGGUAAACAAUGCGCUGCUGUCGUAUGUGCUCGUAUGGCACCAUUGCAGAAAGCUAUGGUAGUAGACCUCGUAAAGCAGAAUGUAAAGACUGUUACUCUCGCUAUUGGUGAUGGAGCUAAUGAUGUGUCUAUGAUACAAGCUGCUAAUAUUGGAGUCGGUAUUAUGGGUAAAGAGGGUAAUCAAGCUGUCCGGGCAGCAGAUUACGCGUUUGGGGAGUUUAGAUUCUUGAAACGACUGCUGGUUGUACAUGGUCGUUACUCCUUUGAGAGGCUUGCUGGGCUUAUUUAUUACAGCUUUUAUAAGAAUAUUGCGUUUAUCACUAUACAGUGGUGGUUUGGGUUUGUUAGUGGGUGGAGUGCUCAGAUUGUCAUGGAGCAAAUAUUUUUCACAUUCUACAAUGUCGUCUUUACAUCCCUGUAUCCCAUCGUCUUUGCCAUUUUUGAACGUGACGUGCCAGAAGAGAAACUGGAUAGCUAUCCUGAACUAUUCAAGGAAAUACGACGUGGGUUAUAUUGGAAUUGGAAUAAAGUAGCGGAAGAGAUUGGGUCUGCUGUAUGGCAUUCGUUAGUAAUAUUCGGCUCCGUCUACUUUAUAAACUCGGAAGGAAACCUCGACUUUAAAGGCCGUGCAAACGGAUACUGGGUCCAAUGCUACCUCUUCUCAACACCACUCCUCAUAACCGUCGUCGCCAAAUCCCUUACCCAAACGCGCCACUUUAUAUGGAUUACAGCUGCUGUAGUCGCCGUAUCCAUGCUACUAAACACGCUGACUAUGGUUGUUGUUACUGCUCUCGGAUACACUGAAGUCGGCACCUUCCAGCUGGAUCAUGUAAUACCGGCAUAUUAUUUGUGUUUGUUGCUGCUGCCGACGAUGUGUUUGUUGCCUGAUCUUGGAUUUACAUAUCUGAAACGAGCAUUCAGGCCAUCAGAUGCAGAUAUCAUUGCUGAAGAAGCAUAUGUUGUGCAAAAGAGGAGGGGUGCCAAGAAGGAACAACUGGAACGAUUGGAACCUGCUGCUACUGAGAUGAGGCAGAUUAGAGAAUGA